GUAAGCGCCGACUUGCGUCUCUGUGCUCCGGCGAAGGCAAGCAUUUAUGCGCGACGAAUCCCCGAGACGGAAGUGGAAUCGAAUGCGGGCGGGCAGAAGCAAAAUGCGAGGCCCGGAUCGAUUCCAAUCGCCGAAUCGAUUCCCGCUGCCACGCCUCCUCCUCUCCGCCAUUUAAGCUCUUCGCCGUUGCCUCCGCCCUUCCAGCGGAAUCCCCUCCAUGGACGGCGCAACCUCGAUCGCGGCCGUUAUUUUUGAUCUGGACGGAACUCUUCUCGAUACCGAUAGGGCCACGGGAGGGAUCCUGAAUGAGUUCUUGGCGAGGUACGGCAAGUCGGUUGAUGCCGCCAAGGAGGAGAAGCGGGUGGGGAUGAUGCACAAGCAGGCGGCCGCCGCGAUAGUCCAGGACUACGGGCUGCCGAUGACGGCUGAAGAGUACUCUCAGGCGAUCAUGCCUUUAUAUCAGGAAAGGUGGCCAUUAGCAAAAGCACUUCUGGGUGUUAAUCGCCUUAUUGGGCAUCUUCGCAAACAUGGAAUCCCAUUGGCACUUGCUUCAAACUCCAUAAGGAAACACAUUGAGCUAAAAAUUUCCCACAAUCAAGGAUGGGCACAAUCAUUUUCUGUUAUUCUUGGUGGGGAUGAUGUUAAUCACGGAAAACCUUUUCCUGACAUAUACCUAGAGGCCGCAAAGAGACUUGGAGUAAAUACCUCAAAUUGUCUGGUCAUUGAAGAUUCCCCGGUUGGUGUAAAAGCAGCAAAGACUGCAGGAGCAAAGGUAGUUGCUGUGCCAUCUCUUCAAGGACAAGAUGAAUGUUAUUCCAUUGCAGAUUAUAUGCUUCAUUCCCUUUUGGAGUUUCAGCCUGAGUUAUGGGAUCUUCCUGCAUUUGAUGAUUGGGUGCAAAGUGCACUGCCAAUUGAAUUAUUGUUUGUUAGAGGCCUGGUUGGAGAGCUAGUUUCUCACGACGGUGUUACUCAAGUUAAUGUCACUGCAGAUACUGGUUCAUAUGAAUCAGUUCCUGAUCAAGUGUGUGGAGUCUUUUUGGGUUGGGCAAAGCUUGAACUGCAUGGAAUGUAUAAGGUUAUUGUGAACAUGGGAUGGGACACCUCGCGCGGGGUUGCUAAGAGAGUAAUGAUCCCGCAUUUAAUCGGCCAUGUCGAAGGUGCCACAAACGAUCGCCUGGAUCUAUUUCUUACUGGAUACAUCAGGAAAACCCACAACUGGGAUGUGAAAGUGUCUGAAGAAGAUCUGAAAAUCGGUGGCGCUGCACUGGAUCUCCCUUUGUUCUCCCCACCACAACUGCAACACCCAUUCAAUCUUUGAUCAGGAAGUAUUAUGAGACAGAAAAGUAUGUUGGUUUAUACUCAGUUAUUUUACUAUGGCCACCUUAGCAGCUUGAAGCAAUAUAUAUAUUGACAAUAUUCUAGUCGAUUUCUAAUAAAAUUGAAUUGGGACUAACCUCUUUUCUCUUCAAGUGACAUGGAAGAUCGAAGAGGCCUGCUAUUUCUUCUGUGAUUUUUUAAAAAUUUGUUUGUAUGAUCUGAUUUAUUCCUGUAGUUUUAAGAAGUCGAUAUGUUUGUUUGUCCUGGAGUUGGAAAAGCAUGUGUUU